UGGUGUGGGAAUUGGAAGGGGCAACUUCAUACUUUUGAUAUGCUGAAUCUAAUAGAAAAUCAUGUAUCCUAUCAUACACUUUGUUAAUGGCUUUCCAAUGAAAGUCAAAGAAAUGAAAUGCAUCUGAGUCACUGGAAUUUAACAAUAAUAUGAUCCAUCAUGUGGCCCUGAAAAAGCUAUUUUAGAGGAUUAGAGUGUCAUAUUAGGCAAUGUGUAAUAUUUAUGUGCACCUUGUAAAAUUCUUCUUGGCUGGGGUGAGUAACUUUUUGAUAAGCGAACAAAAUAUCACCCUAGAUUAUACAUUUUUCAUUUUUUCUCUCACCCAGAUACUUGUGUUCAUUAUUAAAGUGGAAGGUGGGGUUAUACAGGUAAAUAUUUUUGUCACUAUUGUGGAAGAUUUUCAGUGAUAGCACAUGCUGGGAACUUACUGACUAGAGUAACUUUUAUUAUUGCAAUGACUCUCAUUAGUAACUGCAUGAGAAAAUCUGAUAUCUUGUCAUAUUUUUAAGGGAUAUUUGUAUACUGUGGAUUGCUAUGAUCUGGGUCAGCUACUAAAAUGUACUUUUUAUUUUCUGACUUUGAAAAUGUGUCUUGCAACCAUAACAUCUUUAAUGUCACCAGGUGUAACUCAGCUGGGCUCAGUGCAGCUACAUGAAUUUAUAUGAGGUAAUGAUGUGGCCCAGUAAAAGAAUGGAUGUGGGCAGCUUUGAACUUGUUCAAAUCUAAAUUUCAUCUAAAUUAGUCUAGAUCCACCCUCGCAGGGGGAGAUAACACUUUUAUCCUGUGCUAGGAUUGAGUUUAUUUCUGCUCUUUGCAGAAAUUUUACCUGGAGGGUGAGUCUGCCUCAUAGCGUGCACGUAUCACCGUCUUGUCCUCCAGUUUACUAAUUUAACAGCUGAUGAAUCAGACUGCACAGCUCAGCACUCCAUUGUGCUUCUGAUAAUUAAUCAGAUAUGGCUGUAAUUACUGACUUUCAGCAGAACUUAACUGUGGUCAUCUGUAACGCCAUCUAUUAUUGACAUAUUGCAGGAAUGUAGGCAACAGAAAAAGAACUUGCAGGAGUUUUAUAAUGACUUUUCCAUCAUAAAAUCUUUUAUAUAGCUUAAAUGUGGCCUCCUCAUUCAAAGGAACCUAUCUGCCUUUUUAUGUACCACAUUUUAUGUGGUGCAUAUGUGCCACAUGAUGUACCAUACUGUUGCAAGCUUUCUAAACUGCAGAUGCUCACGUGUAAGUUUCCAUGAGCAGUACUCUCUGGUUGUCAUUAAGAAUUACAGGUUGAAGUCUUUCACUAGUCUCAGAGGUAUAAAUGAGUAAGAGCUGCAAUCAAACUAUCCAACAUAUCUCUUUCAGGGUGGAGUUUUAAUGUUCUGGUGUCAGAAUGAAGAGCAGGAUACCUCUCAUUCUUCUAGCCUGUGGCUCCUUUAACCCCAUCACAAACAUGCAUAUGCGUUUAUUUGAGGUGGCUAGAGAUCACCUGCAUCAAACAGGAAGGUAUCGGGUGAUUGAAGGCAUAAUGUCUCCUGUUAAUGAUGACUAUGGAAAGAAAGGCUUGGUUUCAGCAAGGCACCGGAUAGCAAUGGCUAAGCUAGCACUGCAGACAUCUGACUGGAUUCGAGCUGAUCCAUGGGAGAGUGAGCAGGAGACAUGGACAGAGACAGUAAAAGUAUUAAGGCACCAUUACAAUGAAUCACUCAGAUUGCUCCAGUUCAAGAAGGAAUUCAUGAAAAACAAACGGCCCAUAGAAAGAUCUACAGAGAAUUCGCUUUCUUACCAGCACUCAGUUCUACCAGAAUUAAAGCUGCUCUGUGGGGCUGAUUUUCUACAGACAUUUAAGACACCCAAUCUCUGGAAGGAAGAACACAUCAAAGAAAUAGUGGAAAAGUUUGGUUUGGUCUGUAUUAGCCGUGCUGGCUCUGAUCCUGCUCAGUACAUCAAUGAAUCAGACCUUUUAACUAAAUUUCAGCACAAUAUCUUCCUGGUGAAAGAAUGGAUUCAGAACGAAAUCAGUGCAACACAGAUACGCUAUGCCUUGUGCAGAGGAUUAAGCGUAAAAUAUCUCAUACCAGAUUCUGUUAUAGCCUACAUUGCACAGCAUAAUAUCUACACAGAAGAGAGUGAGCGGAAGAAUGAAGGUGAUUUGCUUCAGCCUCUUAAAUUGCAUAACAGAACAGUAAACCCACUGAAUGACUGAUGUCUGUAGUGUGUGAAGUGGAAGGACCUGGCAUUUUUCCAUGUAAAGUUCUUGAGAAAGUUGUUUCUUAUUAAUGAGGGGAACAUACAUCAAUCCAGAAUUUCCGGAAUUCAUGUGGUGUUUUAAAUUCAUGGGGGUGUGUGUGUGUUAAUGCUUAAAUAAAUUGGGAUGCUCAGCUACAUAGCUUAAAAUAUAUAAAGAAUAGCUUCCUUGUGAAAAUAAAAGAUCUAACAAUAAAUAUUAAUCUCCAGUAAUACUUAAGGUCAAACACAGUACUUUCCUGAAUUGUAAUUCUGUAAUCCUACAGACAGUUUUAGCAUGAAGAUGCCUUACUAUUCUGAAGCAGCAAAAUAAAAUGAACCAUAACUUUUUUAAUACGUAUGUAUAUCUUUAAAUAUAUAUUACUGCUAAACUUUGACUUUUUAGGGGCCCGAAUAACUUUUUUGUGUUUUGGCAGUUUGAACAAGAGAUGGAAAUAAACCUUUCUUUCAUGCAAGCACUUAAAACUGCAUGCACUGUUCAUGUCACUUUUAAGCCUCCAGAUUCACAAAUGACAGACAGUCCUCAUCCCCAGAGUUAAAGUGGGUUUCUUUGCUUCUCUGAUGCAGUCUUUUAUAAGAGUAAGUAAUUGCUAUAGCCCUGGAGUAGAUAGCAUAUCCAAGAGGAACUUUAGCUGUACCAUUUGAAGAUACACAGUGGAAAAUAAAAUACAUAAGAGGCUGUCU